CGGGAGCGCACCCCGUCGUGCCAUGAAUAUGAAAAUCUGACAGUCUGAUUUCUAAUCCCAACAGCACGUCGGCCAGCGGCGGCAAGCGAAUCCUCUCCCGUAGCACAUCACAGCCUUAUAAACGUAACGAGCCUUGCUUGCGGUGUAGAUGCUAAGGGCGAAGACGCAACGACGAUCACCGCGACCGGAAAGGAAAAAAAAAAAUAAAAUAAGUCCCCAUCAAGAUACUUACUAGACGACACCCAGACCGCCCACCAUGGCAAGCGGCGCAGUUAAUGCCGCGGACUUAACCGCUCCCGUCCCCGUCGUCUUGUGCGGCAAGACUCUCGAGGUCGGCGAGAAGGUGACGCCGAUGAUCAAGCCCGAGAUCGAAGUCAUCCACUUCGUCAACUCGUACGAGUACGCGAAGGAGAACCUGGGCGACCUCAUCGCCGGCCGCGGGCCCAAGGCGCCCAGCGGGAACGUCGUCGGCAGCCACGACUACAGCAAGCCGCCGCGGGCGGUCAUCUUCGGGCGGGCCUUCGCGCCCGAGGACGUCAAGGAGCUCAACCGCCUGUUCCGCGGGUCGGGCACGCCCGUCGCCUGGAUCGCCGGCGACCCGUCUGUCAUCCCGCCGGAGAACCCCGGGCCCGGCUACGCCGAGAAGGCGGCCGACAACGUCAAGAGGGCGCUGAACCGGUGGAAGGACGCGGGGGCCAACAGCGAAGACAUCGUGUACUACUAGACGGUGCUUCGCGGCGUUUGGGCCUUUGGAAGGGUCUCUCUUUCUGUAUCAUUACACACGCCUAUGUUAUCCCAGCCUAGAACCAGAUACUGCUAGGCGCAUGGUUACUAGCACACUGAAACUUGUCCGUCCGAUCACUUUUACGGUUUAUUUUUUCCGAACUCAUAUGUGAAAAGGCCACAUGUUUUUGUAGUGAUUACGAUUUCGGGCGGGGGAUAGUUCAUAGGGAAGAGGGAAGUGAGAGGCCUCCUCCCGCGACGUUGGACAAGGCAGAAGUCCUCUCUCGCGCGCACAAAGAGCGUUACCCCCAUCUUAUAUCAAGGCCAAAAGUAUCGGUGUUUUUGCUGUCACUCUAUUUGCUACAUACUUGGUCUCUGUUGGUUGCACACGGAGUUUCGCAAAACACCGCCCUUUUUUGCCUUUUCACCUAUUCCACUCAACCCUUGCCAUAGGCGCCUCGCGCCUCUUCUAGUCGGGUGACCACGGAGAAACCACCAUCUCUAGUCUUGUCGCUGGUUGUGACACGGUGUAUUCACGAGGGCAAUGUCUAG